UUAUCCCAUCCACAUGCCUUGUCUCUCCUUGUAUUGUCUCCUGGAAUAGCUCGUCGUUGAGGGUAGACCAACGGAAAGGCGGGGUGUCCCGGGGGAGGUUGUUCGUGCCCCAUUGAAUGGUUGUAAGGAUAAGUUCAUGGUCAGCAAGGGGUGGGAGGUCAGUAGUGACUUCCGAGGAUAUCCCAAGGUUAAGCAGAGCACUAUUGGCCCAAGAUAGGUCAAUCAUGUUUUGUCCUUGUGUUGGUGAGUCAGGGGGGAGUGUUAGGGUGAGAUCUUGGGAUUCUGUCCAAGAUAGGAAAGGUUCUGCUCUGAGAGAAGGUCAAGCAGAGGACUGCCAAGCAGGGUGUUGGAGAUUAAAGUCUCCUGCUAUUAGGCAGGGGAGGGAUGGGGCUGUCUGUGACAUGAGGGACUCCAGGCCUUGGCCCUCAUCUACAGCACUGCAGGGGACAUUAUAGAUGUUGACCAGGAGUGCAGUCUUCUGGAGGGUGUUGAUUUGGAUUGCCAAGGUGUCCCUGGAGGUAGGUCCAAAAGGGACUAGUUC